CUAUUGGGUAACAGUGAGUUUAGCAUUAUUUUUAAGAGUGUGACGCUACCAACAAUAAGUUCUACGAUGUUUCUAUAGACACACCUCCUGCCUCGUUCUUGCAUGUUGAGUUAGAGUACUGCAAAUUAAAGCAAUCGUGUUACAGUACUACAGUAAAUUAGAUAAAGUCUGUUGAAGAGGAACAUGAAUCUUAAACAUUGUUUUAAAAUGUGGACGAAGAAUAAGAAUUUUAUGGCAGUAGUAGGGCUGCAGAUUUGUAUCUUGUUUGUAAUUUUGCAUUUAUAUGGUCCUUACAAAUUAACUGUCCCUUCAUUCUUUAGAAGUCCAAACAAUGUGUCACAGAUCACAUACACCAACUAUUUCAGCCAGGCUUUCCGACUCCGUGAUCUUGGCCUGCUCAUCAAUACUACCAACUGUCGAAUACCAGACUUUAGUCCAUGGGAACCCGAAGUCAUACCUUUUCUCAAAGAGGCCAACCUUAUAGAAAAUUGUUCCCAAAAAUACCAAAACUGGUCUCACAUGGAUGAAGAUAAUCUUAUUCUAGAUCACAAAGAAAUGUUGAAGACUAAUUUUACUUUCGAGAAGAACUUGUCAUGUUGUUACAAAGCCAUUGAAAGAACUGCGCCAGGAACGCAAUACAACGACUGGUCGGCGUCAGUAUCAAACUGCACACCAAUUAAAUCGUCAAAGACCAAAAUCUCAGCCGAAUUCAUAGUUGUCGAAUGUUCCAUUAAGAAUAAAGGAUCAAAUGAACCUCCGAAAUAUCGCAUGUGGCAUGGAAUAGCCACAACUUCCAAUAUCGAAAGGAAGCAUUUGAUAAAGAGAAAAUUAGAAUUCUGGAAGAAGCAUAAAACAGAAACGAACUACCGACCACCAAACAUUUUGAUUAUUGGACACGACUCCACGAGCCGACUCAAUUUUCGGAGACAAAUGCCAAAAACGUUGACUGUUCUCGAAAAUCUGGGUGCUGUCGAGAUGCUGGGCUACAUGCGAGUUGGCGAAUCUACGUUCCCAAAUUUUGUGGCUUCUCUCACCGGAUAUAACAUAACGGAGUACACAGAAUUAUGCAUGAAAAAUGAUAUGUUGGAUCAGGACGAUUGUCCGUUUAUAUGGAGGCGCUUUGAUGCUGCGAACUACCUCACUGCCCUUAUCGAGGAUGAACCCAACUGUGCGAUUUUUCAUUACAAAAAAGCAGGAUUUUCUCGUCAACAAGUCGACUUUUACUCCAGACCAAUGUUCUUGGAUGCAACUAGGCAGCACCAGAAGGAUAAGAACCCAAAAUCCCAAAUACUGUUCACAGCCCCUUGCAUAAGCUAUCAAACCAAUGACGAAGCUAUGCUAACCUACUUGGAGUCCAUCAUUGAUUUUGGAGAAAAAAACUCUGUCCCCCUAUUUCCAAUCGCAUUUGCAACGUAUAAUACCCACGGUGACUUAAAUGGUCUCAAGUUGGCUGACGGAACGUACGCGUCCUUUCUCCAAAAGAUGAAAACCAAGGGAACUUUGGAUAACACUAUCCUAUUUGUGCUAGGGGACCAUGGGGUAAGGUUUGGGAGCAUGAAGAACACACUGACUGGAAGUUAUGAAGAGAAUCUUCCAAAUUUGUGGAUAUUUCUGCCACAUCGAAUCAAAAAAAGAUUCCCAGAGUGGGAAAAUGCAUUAAAAAUCAACUCAAGACGCUUAACUUCGCCGUUUCACAUGUACUGGACGCUCAACUAUAUCCUUGACAAGUUUACCCAAACGCCGCCGCCGCAAAACGAAGCUUUAACAAUAAGUAUUACUAACAAUAGUAGCAAGCAACAUAAAAACAUUUCCAAAAUUUUUCGUCGAAAAUAUCAACAUCGUCAUCUGUUUGAACCCGUCAUACGAGACGCUUCAUGUUCUGAUGUUGGAGUGCCCGAUGAGUUGUGCACUUGUCAUUUCAAGAACUCGCUCGAUCUUGGGGAUCCGCUUUUGGAGAAAGCAUCAAAUGCCGCUCUGAAUGAAACGAAUGCAAAAUUUCAGUCUACCAACUGUUCCAAACUAAAAUUAGGAAAUAUUAUCGGAGGCGCAAUUAUUGACCGACCGAAAAAGAAGAUUGUGGUGGGAUUUACAACUAACCCUGGCAAUUUUUCAGUGGAAGCGGUGCUCAACUAUGAAGAGAAAAAGCUUGGAUUAUCGCAUAUGCAGCGCACCGAUAAAAUUAACCAAAGUCAUGUUUGGUGUGUAAAUAAUGCAAAGUUGGAACUCUUUUGUUACUGCAAAACUUAAAAUAUAGGCGGGGAAGAUGGCAGCGCCACAGAAAAUAAAUAAAGUUUUUUUGUUGAAAGAGGGAUACUUAAAUAAGUAAGACUCGUUACA